GCAUUGCCACUUCUCAGGGCCCGUCCCAGGCGAACCUACUCCGCACGAAGCUGGCAAGACAUGGUGCAAACCGCAUGCUCACGAUUAUAGCACGCCUGCGUACGGGCGCCGAUACUCGGACCGAGACAACUCCUCCAUGACAGGGGUCGAUGCAUCUGCAUGCAAGUCAUCAGCAACCAUGACAUUUCUCACCAUUGCGACCACACCCUCAACGCACUUCGGCCCCGCGACUAUACAGCUGGAGCACCGCCACAUGCCGCUGAUUAUGGUUGAUCGUCCAUGAUCAUGAGGACACUCAUGUGCAUAGGUCCAGUAUCUUUGCUGCCGUCCUACAUCACUCUAACACGCGGGCGAGAACGUCAUAAGACAGCAAGUAUUGAUCCACCAGCAAUUGACACCUAGCGCUUGGCUUUGCGGCAGCGCACCGGAAGCAUGGGAGCCAAACGAGCCAGAAUUCGAGAUGCCUGUAUUCCAUGGUCACAACCCAAGUCGUGACGAGAGUUCCGAUGUUGACAAUGCUUCGUGCAUCGAUAUAUCACAGGGCGACCCACGACUGGACUGCAUUGAACUCGACACUUCGACAUUGAGGAACUCUCAGGAAAGCGCGACUUCUAGAACCCGCUCAGCAGGCACUUCACUCAGGUUAAACCGCUUUGAACGACAUCGAGGCGAGAUUGAAGACAUGCAUCUGCUCAUGAUCGGUAGGCAGAUCAAAGGCCAUAGAAAUGGCGAACUAAAAUUCCGUACCGAUUUCGAGGCUUGUUUCAAGGAAUUCCCCCUGGAGCAUGUGUACGAGGCGCACUGGUCAUGUCACUCUCCAGUCAGCGCUCAGACUUCUAUACGGAGUUCUCGUGCCAGCAGCAACCGACGACAUGCCCUAGAAAAUGUCUCUCCACUAUUGCAGCCGGAGGUGAAUUCGGAAGAAUGCGAGGUGUAUGAAAAUGCCAAAGUCAAGGGCCAGCUUAACGACAUCAUGCUGCCGCGAAAUCUCGACGGGAGUCCUAUGGCAGAACUCGACGCAUCGCCAAUACAAGAUGAUACUGGGCAUUCUGCCAACACGCCGAGCACUCCUAUGAUUCCAUCCUUCACGGCGGAGCCACCCAUCAGACCGAGGCCACGACUGGCAUCGGAUCGACUGUCGAAAAUGCUCGCGACUCUCCGGCCUCUGUCGUGGGCAAAACGCGCAUCGGUUCAUCUCAAACAGAUCAAACACAGUGGACUCCUUCCAGAUCAUCCUCUCGACGAGCGCAUAUCCUCAACCACUGGAGACCGAACAUCAAGCGAGCCUAUCUGGGACAUCGGAUCGAGUAAGAAUGCUCUUGCGUACAGCCCCAGGACACUGGAUGUGACGAUAGAGCAUGGCGGUCUGGAAAUGCCAAGUCCUUUCAGCAGCCCUACAGAGCUGAAGAAUCCAGCCCUAGUGCUGACAUCACUUCCACAAAGCGAUGAGUGCGAUAGUGAGAGUAGCGGUGAUGAUGACUCAGAUGACAUGUCUUUGCCGGAAGGCGUGACAGUUGGAGGGUGUUGGAUAGCUAUCGCUUCGCAUGAGCAGUAG